AUGAACCCUUCCAACCCACCUCAAACUGCCGAAUACGGCGGAGAUGAGGUCUCCGCCAUUGUCCUCGAUACGGGAUAUUCAACCACUCGCGCGGGCUUUGCCGGUGAAGAUGCUCCCAAGUCACUGAUCCCAACCUACUAUGGGAAAUACAACGCCGACGGCCAAGAAAAGUUUGUGUACGGCGACGAUGUGUUCGUUACUCCGCGGCCCGGUCUGUCUAUUCACAACCCGAUCGGCAAGGAUGGAAUCGUCGAGGAUUGGGAUAUGGCAGAGAGGGUGUGGGAGCACUCAUUUAUGUCGCGACUCACCGGCACAAAAGCGGGCAACCCAUUCCAAAACGGAUUAAACGAUAUCUCCCAGGAUGAGCUCCCUACAGAAAUGGAGGUGGAGUCAGAGGAGAAGCCUUUGUCGGACAGUCCAUUGUUGAUGACAGAGCCUGGAUGGAACCCGGCGAAGGCGCGCGAAAAGACUAUUGAAAUCGCAAUGGAGAAAUGGGACACCCCGGCGUUUUAUCUGGCGCGCACUGGUGUUCUUGCUGCUUUCGCUUCCGGUAAGGCCUCUGCCCUUGUUGUUGACAUUGGGGCUUCAAACAUUUCUAUCACACCGAUCCACGAUGGCAUGAUUCUCAAGCGGGGUGUGCAGCACUCCCCGCUGGGUGGUGAUUACAUUUCCUCGCAGAUCAACGCACUUUUCAAGGCCAAUAGCCCGCAACCCAUCACAAUCACGCCGCACUACCUUAUCAGUUCAAAGUCGGCUGUUGACGCUGGCCAACCACCACAAGCGAAAUAUAAGACCUUCCCCGCCGACAAGGCCCCUGAUGCGUCGUAUCGUGCUCUUCUCGAGGAGCGUACACUAGCUGAGUUCAAGGAAUGUGUCGUCCAGGUUUGGCCCGGCCCUACCAGACUCUCUGCCACCGGUCCCACGGGCGUCUCCAACGAAGACAUGGCCCGGACCACUCCCGGCCGUCCCUUCGAGUUCCCCGAUGGCUACAACCAAGUCUUCGGUGUCGACCGUUUCCGCGUUGUGGAGUCCCUCUUCGAUGCCAAGGCAGCCAUUCCUGAUCCCGAUUCGCCUUUCCCUCCCCCUACACCCGCUCAGACCAUCCCAGAACUUGUCAAGGCUUCUUUGGCCGGCGUGGACGUCGACCUCCGCCCCCACCUCCUGGCCAACGUCGUUGUGACCGGUGGAUCCAGCUUGCUUUACAACUUCACCGAUCGUCUGAACCAUGAAUUGAUGCAGAUGUUCCCUGGCCCGAGAGUCCGCGUGACUGCCCCCGGUAACACAUCUGAGCGACGCUUCGGAUCCUGGAUUGGAGGCAGUAUCUUGGCCAGCCUGGGAACUUUCCACCAGAUGUGGAUCUCCAAGAAGGAGUACGAGGAGCAUGGACCGAACAUUGUGGAGAAGCGUUGCAAAUGA